AUGGAUCGGUGUCCAUCUCGCAGACCAAACGCUACGUCGAGACAUGCUGGAUGUCGAUCUACGCUGGAUGUGUCCGGCACAUCGGAGUCGUCUUCUGUCGCUUGCCACAGUUUUGCAACAUACUGCGAUGUAAAUGCCUCUAAUGCCGUCCUGUUUGAAAAGGAUAUCAUCACAACGUUGGAAAACGGGUCCAAUAGUGCGGUUCAUCUCUUACAGGACACUUUAUUAUCUUACAAUGCCCGUUCAACUGAGCUGUGUUCGGCGCAAAAAGAAUUUGCUUGUCCCGCUGCCCCUUGUAAUCACGAAUGUGAUACAAGUGUAAUGAAUCACCGAAAUCAUCAUAGUUACACGCGAAAGAGGGACGCGAUGAGAUAUUCUCAUGCAGCGGAUGCACUCUCGAUAACAAAAUACAUUCUCGUAUUCAUUAAUCAAAUGUUAGGAUUAAUAACCACCGACUGGAUAACAAAUUCUUCAUGGAGGAGAUGGCGAACUUAUUUUCCUUUCUUAGUUUGCCUAUUUUGUGUGACGCAGUGUUCAGCUCGCACUUGCUCAGUUGGAUUAAGCACACCGGGAUGGACUUGGCCACAAGGUGAUAUUAUUAUCCAACAUGGUAAACCACUCAGUAUGCUGUGUCUAUUGAAUGACACUAUCGUAAAACGUGACUAUCCUAAUAAAGAUGCAGGAAAUCUCCGAUUCUUUCGUAAUAAUCAAGAACUGAAGUCGGAAUUCGUCACGGUAAUUAAUGAAACUACGAUAGAGCUGUUUAUCAAAACACCACCACCCUCCGACGAUAUGUACAAUUGCAAGUUGCAAGUAAAGGAAAACGACUAUAUAGCAGUUUGUCUCAAUAAAGUUGUAGUUGGAUAUCCACCUCAAAAACCUAAACAUUUUGACUGUGUUUCCUAUAAUUGGGAAAGCUUUAAUUGCACAUGGGAGCCAGAACAAAAUUUCGUCCAUACAAAAUACGAUUUAAUGUUCCAAUUAUCUGGAAGAUCAGGAGCAAUGUAUUACUGUCCACUUGCAACAACAGAAGAGAAUUCAUGCACGUGGGAUAUAUAUUCCGAUCCAAUAUAUAGGCAACCGUAUGCAGUUUAUAUUUUCAUAUUGAAAGUAUCUAAUCCUUUUGGGGAACUCAACUUUACAUAUCGUGUCCCGCAUUAUCCUAAUGUUAUUCCGGCUAAACCUUACAAUCUUACCUUAAUAAACAAAACAUCGGAAAGUGCACUGUUGCAUUGGGAACUCCCCUUUCCAAUGGCGACAUUUCCAGUUGGUGUUCAUCAUAAAAUUAUGUAUCAACAUCAAUGGGAUCAUGAAAAAGAUUGGAAGGUCAUAAAUAUUACGCAUCCUAAGAAUAGAGAGCAAUGGCUUUACAAUCUUACCGGAUUAGAGUACGCUAACACAGUAUAUGAUGUUCGAAUUUAUUUAAAAAGCUCGACAGCUGUAAGAUCGGACCGAUGGAGUGAAUUUAGUGUUGUUACAUUCAGAACGUCAUCAAAAUUACCUAGUGCUGCACCGCGAACUGACAUCGGUAGCUUCGAAAUUGCUGAAAAUAAUGGAAACAGGGACGUAUAUUUGUACUGGCAAGCGAUACCACAGAAUCAAGAAAAUGGCGAUAAUUUUAAGUAUCAAAUUAUUCACGUGGAGGAAAAUGGCCAGAAAGUUGCGCUUACACCAAGUGAAACAACUAGGACAUAUGCCAAAUUGAAAGGAAUCAGCCUCAAUAGUUACCUGUUCGAGAUCGUUUCAACGAAUGAAGUCGGAGCUAACAACAGCCGUGCGAGAAUAUACGUACCAAAUCAGAAAGAAAUACCACAUGAACCAAUAGCGUUCACGAAAAUUGCUUUCGAAAAUGGAUUGUAUGAAUUAUCUUGGAAGCCACCGUUCGAAGAUUAUAACAUCAAGAAUUACACGAUCUUUUGGUGCGACAAUGAACGUGAUCGUCCUUAUCAGUGUACCGGUUACUUGGACUGGGUGCACGUGCCUAAAAAUACUAUGAUCUACAACAUAACAGUACCGAAUCCGUCCAAGGUAUACCAAUUUGCAAUCUCCGUCAAUACUGAGAGAGGUAGCAGCGGCAUGAUAUGGUCGUCAUGUACGGUAAUUCAUAAUAAGGUGCUCGGCAAAAUGAAGUCUGUUUGGAUCAAUCGCAUUGGAUCGCACUUUAUCGAAGUCGGUUGGAAGCCUGAUUGUUCAGAUCGCAUUGGGAUAAUUGAAGGAUUCAAUAUCUACUACUGUCCCAUAGUAUCACCAAUGAAUGUCAACUGUAACGGUCCCAUGUUUAAUAGUACCAUCAAGGCGGACGCACAUACGAUACAUGGCAUUGUCGAUAACCUGAAGCCCUACACUACGUACAUGCUGAGUGUCGCGGUGCUGACGAAGAGCGGUGAGGGUCUGCGUAGUGAUCCCCUGUAUAAUACCACUCUCGAAGCGGCGCCCAGCACCCCACCGGCAAACGUGAGAAUCACUGACUUGUCCAACACGACAAUGUAUAUCUCAUGGAAAAAGCCGACGGCGAUGAACGGUGUGCUCAGAUAUUAUGAAGUUUACUAUAAUGAUCAAGUCAUUAGAGUGGAUGAUAAGGAUUACAUCAAACUGAUGGGUUUAAAGCCGUAUACGAAAUAUUUUAUUAGUGUUUCCGCUUGUACCGUUCAGUGCAGUGAAAAGUCAUCGAUGAUAGAUAAUUUCACGAGAAUUGGCGUGCCUGGCAAAAUCAUGAUUCCUUUAGUACGCUUUGUAAACUCCAGCCAAGUGAUCAUCCAGUGGGAACCACCACAAGAACCAGCCGGUCCAAUAGAGCACAUGUAUUACGAAAUAGAGUAUGGAAAUGGCUUGAUUCAGAACGUUACGAGAACAGAAGUGCAAUUGCCCAUUCCCGACUGCAAAAACGUCGAGCAUCGAGAGCAGAAGCACAGAUUCCGAGUUAGAGCUAUUAACACCAAUCUUAACGGUGAAGUUUUGAAAGGAUCGUGGUCCGACUUUGGGGAGGGAAAUUGUUAUAAUAAUGGUUUAUCAUACGUCGCAUUAGUUGUUAUAUGGAUAGUUGGCGUCGUUAGCUUCGGAGCAUGCAUCGUGUGCUUCGUGUACAUGUUCAAGAGAAUGUGGAUAAAAUGUCGAGCUAUGCGAGAUGUCGAAGUCAAACUACCACCUGGACUUGCCAGUACUCCAUCAGAUAUGAAAUUGCUUGACAAGAUAAGCGAACCACAUAUACGGCAACCAUCCGCCGAUUCGAGCGGCUGUUCUAGUGGCCAAGAAUCCGUUACGUCUUCUCUCACGGCAGAAUCCCAGGUUUGCAGUGAUAGUGGCACUGAGGUGGAUGCAGUUCAUACGCCAUCUGACAAAUUAAAGAGUCAACCUGUCCGUGAAUUGACACAUCUGCGACAGAGAAGUACUACACGUGUACCAGCUUCGUUAUUAUCAGAGGUCACGCCUUGCUGGGAAUCAUACGUCAAAGUUGGCGAUUCCGGUGAGCCGACUUCUGAAGAAACUGUAUCAUUAGCACGGUCCACGCCUAAUUUAACAGAUAACACGAAGAGUUAUUCGCCAUCGCAACACGGCUGGUCUAGCGCAAACUAUAUCAGUAUGCCGUCCUCUUCGGAGAUGUUAUUGAAUGAAUUUGAAAAGGAGAAGCAGAAGCAAACAAUCGACGAACUGGACAAGAUGCGAUCCAUCAUCGAGUUGAACAAGAAACUCUUGACAUCUCACAUUAACCCCGAGAAGACAACAAUGACGACGCCAUAUGUUCAGGCAGGUCUAAUAGAUGAAAUACCUGAAUCGCCUUCUAGUAUACCUAAACAUAUACAAGCCAGGAACAGCAAUCUGAUGUGUGGCACCUUUAAAGUUAAAGAUAAUCAGAAUUUGUGCAAGAAAGAAUACAUGUCAUUCCCGCAAACUUUCCCCGCCAAUACCGGCUUGACUUUAGCGAGUCCAAAAUAUAUCUUUGCAUCGAUAAUUCCUGAGGGAAUGACGAUGCCGGUUACAGAAACAGAUCAAGAAUCUUUACAGCAGAAAACGUUCCACGAUCCGCACAGUUCUACAACGAGUGGAACUUCGUACAAUCUUACGAGCUCCGCGCACGAGACACAGUCGCAGGAGCAACAAGAGAAAGCGGAGCCACUCGCGAACGUGACGGAGGAUGUCGUUGAAGGUGACAACAAAGAUAACACUGUGCACCCUACAUCGUCUUGGUCAACGACAGAGGGAAAAGAUUUGAACUCUAGUUAUAUCACUAUCGCGAAUUUAUCACCUCCCUCAGCAGGACCGUCGUAUGUGCGACUCGAGAAGAUGCCACCGUCACUGCCACAGGCAGCGACAAGUCAGUCGGACGAGCAGUACGCAGAGGUGACGGUUGUGCCAAGUACAGUUCAGUGAGGUGAGGAGAGAGAUGCACCAUCAUCUCAUUGUUCUCCUCUUUUUCGCGACGGUGUUCAUUGCCACCUUCGUAAACGGACAAAGUAAGUGCUACACUGUAAAAUUGUGGUAUAUACAGCGGUGCAUGCGAGAAACUGAGAUGUUAUAUGCUUGAAUAUAAUUGCGACACUCACGUGCGAAUCGACUGAGCUGAGCAGCGAUCUUUCAUAACCUGAGAGGGGGGAAUGAAGUUCGCUUACUAAAAUACGAAGAGAUUUAAGAGACUUUCUUUUUGAAAAGGAAUGUUUCAUAUUUGCUUCGAAAACAAGACUGGGUUUAAGUAAAAAGGAAGAUUAUUGGCUUAAGGUUAAUGGAAAAAAAUUCAGGAAAGCUUGAAGAAAUUCACUUCUUAUUAAAAGAGCUCUUCAGUGAGUUCUUACAUUUA